CAUCACAUGUCCUUAGAGCGAUUCCUGACUUCUCGUCUCGAGCUUUUAUAUCCUGCUUGCUUAUCUUCUUGAGGCAGUCUCUGCUGUCCCGUUCUACACCCUGAUUUGAUAUACGAACAUAUCUACGCUCAAAGAGGUUUUCUGUUGCACCGCUGUGCGGCCACCAAUCAAAACUAACCUACCCUGGCGUCAAUCUCGCACUUACGAAAUGAAACCAUCAAAGCCGCGCAGGUCUGCCUGCUUCACCGGAUCGUACAGAGAUUUCAGUGUACUGGAUUCGGACGCACACGACUCCGCCACCAAUGACCAAGAUUCGAGGGAUUCUUCGUUCCAGCCAGAGCCCGAGGGCUCACCCGUGACUACAGAGCCUAACGAUCCAGUGCUAGAGGCUGCACUAAAGCGUCUGAAAAGCAGCCCAAAACCAAUCCAACGUGACAAUAUGUUUGUUGAUCUGGAUAACAUGAUGGGCGGUACAAAAUGGUUCCAACAGCAACGGCGACAUAUCUUGCUCGAACGCCAAAGAAUGGUUCCAGUGCCAUACGCUUUGCCCCGAAAUGACUUGGAAACCACAGUCCAGCCAUUAUUCGAUUUCGAAGAACCCAGCGCAAGUCCAGCGAUCAGGAACUGGCCUCGACUGGCAACUCCUUUGGCACAGGCCGGAUUGCCCGGAGUCAAAGGCGACAAUGAGAAUGACGAAGAUGAGGAUGGAUCGCCUGGGCCUAGUCCAAGUGAAUAUACAAAGAUGUUGCACAGAGCUAGGAAGGGGAACUCAAGUGACCUUACGUCCGAAGAUAAGCUUGAAGAUGAGAUCUUGGACGAGCCAGCUAAGACAGCGCAGCCCGACAGUCCUGCACCUAGAUUUUCAGCACGUAAUCAGUCUCUAAUUCCGGCGUUUGAUACUUACGCCCACUGGCCUGGAGAUCGCUGGACCUAUCCAGCACCGCGGUAUCUGACUCCUCUAGCGCUGCCAAACCAAUAUCGCACACAAACGCACUUCUCUGGAACACCGAAUCUGCGCGGGAAUGUCAAUCCACAGCCACAGUCACAGCCUAAGCCUAACACCAAACCUCGGGGGACGUAUUAUGCCCGGCUAAAGAAACAACUGAUCGAGCAUGGAGUCGCCUUCAAACCAUUCAGCAGGUGCUCAAAAAAUCCGAAAGCAGAGCGCCAGACAUCUGAAGAUAUCAUAGUUACCAAGGCACUUACGUUCGGCAAUCGGUAAGCUCCCUUGAUGUCAGAGUCGUGACUUGGCUAAAUAUAGACAGCAUCGCACCGUUGACUACUCACCCCGACGAGUCGCACCCGCCCGAACCCGAACCCGAACCCGAACCCGAGCGGGAGCGUGCUACACGCUUCACGC